UAUCCACAGUUCACGAUGCAGCUCACUCUUCUCGCAUCCCUUGCUGUCCUUUGUACCUCUGCUUUCGCUGCUCCUGCUGAGCGCCGCGAUGACUUGGUUGAUGUCAUUGCCUAUGUGGAGAACGUCUUGAACGAUGCAGAUAUCACCGUCGCCAAGCGGGAUGAUUCAUUGGUUGAUGUCAUCGCCUACGUCGAAAACGUCUUGAACGAUGCAACUGUCACCGUCGCCAAGCGUGAAGAUCUGGCUGACGUCAUCGUUGCCGUCACCAAUGAUUUAAAUAAUCUUGAUGUGAACGUUCUUACCAAGCGUGAAGACUUGGCUGACGUCGUCGUUGCUGUCACCAAUGAUUUGAAUAACCUUGAUGUAAACGUUCUCACCAAGCGGGAGACUUUGGCUGAAGUCAUCGUCGACGUCCAGGAUGAUUUGGAUAAUCUUGAUGUAAACGUUCUCACCAAGCGGGAGACUUUGGCUGAAGUCAUCGUCGAUGUCCAAGAUGAUUUGGAUAAUCUCGAUGUGAACGUUCUUACCAAACGAGACGAUGCUUUGAUCGGCGUCGACGUCAUUGUCGACGAUGUUCUCAACGAUGCCGAUAUCAACAUCCUUUAGUCGGUUGAUGUGGGAUCUCUGGUCAUGGCUCUGCGUCUGCUUCAUCACAUUUGUAAGUAUACCCACUAUGACGUACACUUAUUCUAGGCUUCGGCGAUUGUUUGGCAGGAUUUACACAUUACGUAUUCAUACAAAUUUCAAUCGUCAUUAAGGUCGUUCUCAUACGCGCUAUUGGACUAUACGACCUGUAUCCGGCAGGCGCGUGUAUAAUAAAAUUUGCUUCUUAAGAUGGCAAAGUCCAAAUGACACAGCGAGUUCGAAAUAUGUGAAUCCCAUACCAUAAUGGUUCCUUGUGUAUCCUUUGUGCACGAUAUGAUGCUAUGAUUACGUACGGAUAUGUGCC